AUGCAGCCACUUACUCUCUUGGUUCUGCUUUUUGCAAGCACAUCUUUUGCAGCAACCACCACCACCACUUCAGCAGCAAAGGCCGCUUCGCAAGCAGCAGCUGUGAAAAUUGCUACACCCAAGGUUCUCAAACCUGCAACUCCACCUACCGCAAAUGAUGUAAAAAACUCACUUAACAACUGGGCCACAUCUGUCAAUACUGUCAAUGAAUAUCGUAUGUCUCUCCUUCUCACUCUAGAAUUCUACCUAUCCAAUCUAACCACACUCACAGUCGACGACCCCAACAACUCCACCAAACUCAAGACCGCCAUCGCCUUUGCCAAAGAUGAACCCGUUCAACUUGCCACCCUGAUGAAAACUCCCAACCUCUCUCCAGACGGUAUCAAAUCCGCCAAAGUCCUCAUGGCCAAUUUUCCCUCCAUCGUCUCCAAUCUGCAAAACGUGUAUACAGGAGUCAUGACCACGCAAGAUGCGACCAUGGCUGUAAAUUUCAAUCGAUGCUGCACCGUGCUCCCAAACAUUGGGAGUCUCUGGACUGCAGCUACGAAUGCGAGUAAGGUGCAAGAGAGCCCGCCUCCAAAUCUAGAAGCGCAAUGUGGAAUGAUGAAUUGUAAUGUGGGAGUUAGUGGAGCGCAGACUCAGGCGAUGUCGAAUGUGACGGGGUCGGCGAUGGCGUCGGGUCUUGCUCGGGUGAGAUGA